AUCCUUUGUUAUUUGGACUUCGACGUUGAGGAAGACCACUUGCUGGUGAAUGCUCAGACUGACUAAAUUGAUACGUCCUACUCCCUUAUACACUACUCUAUCGCAUAAGACUCUCAAUACAUUUAGGGCAAUGUCCGUUUUCAAUACGUCCCGACUCGAGGGAAAGACUGUCCUCAUUACCGGCGCUUCAGCAGGUAUAGGAGCGUCCACCGCCAAACUAUUCGCCAAAGCUGGAGUCGCAAAUCUCAUCUUGACUGCUAGACGGGCGGACAAAUUGGCCGAAGUGAAGAAGGAAUGCGAGGGUGCAGGCAAAGUCAAUGUGAUAACUGUUGAGGCCGACAUGACCAAGCGAGAGGAUAUCAACCAGAUCUUGCCCAAAGCUGGGAAUAUCAAGGUCGAUAUCUUGGUCAACAACGCCGGGAUGGUGUAUGGACGUGAAGCAAUCGGGGACAUCGCCGAUUCGGACAUCGACGUCAUGUUCAGCACCAAUGUCAUCGGUCUGAUCCAUCUGACUCAGAUCCUGGUCCGGGAGUUCAAGAAGCAGAACUCAGGCAUGGUCAUCAACCUCGGUUCCAUCGCAGGUCGAGAGCCGUACGCUGGAGGCGCUAUCUACUGCGCUACCAAACACGCCGUCAUGUCCUUCUCGCACACUUUGCUCCGAGAGCUCGUCAGUACGCCCAUCAGAGUCGUCGAGAUUCAGCCUGGCAUGGUAGAAACCGAGUUCUCUCUCGUCAGAUUCAGAGGAGACAAGGAAGCUGCGGAUGCAGUGUACAAGGGCAUGGAGCCGUUGACCGGCGAGGACAUCGCUGAGGAGAUUGUCUGGUGCGCUUCGAGACCACCCCACGUCAAUAUUGCUCAGAUGCUGGUCCUACCCGUCGCCCAGGCCACAGCAACCAUCAGCCACAAGAAGCAGUAGAAAGGGGUGAAGACUGGUCCCUAAUGAUUAGCAGCAACUCAUGCAUGAACAUAUGUGUCC